UUGACAGGCACGUGAGCUGUGACGUCAUCAGAGAGAGCAGUCGACAUGGCGGCGGACUGUCUGCUAAAGGUGAUAUUUGAACGUGAAGGAGUCUUCAUCCAUCCCAGCAGCGAUGAAGACGCCAUCGAGCACGAUCUCCUCAUCUCAGGCUCUCUGCGGAUCGUUGACAAGGAAGCUGAAGUCUUCGUAGAGUACAAACCUGUGGAGGAACCCGUCGACUCAUCAAACAUGCUGUGUGCUGGAAAGGACUCCAGCUCUGUCAUGGAGUGGAACCAGUGUACAGGUGAGAAGAACCAGUGUUCAGGUGAAAAGAACCAGCAGCUGUUAGAAACCCAGCAGAGUUACGAGACGGAGUGGGACAUGAUCAACGCCGUGUCCUUCAAGAAGAAGAGCUGCUCCAACGGAGAGGGCGCUCUGAACCACAGCCAUGAGAGGAGUCGGGGUGCGUUCAGCUUCGCUGUCAGUGACCUCCGGUCCGUCACCGUGAAGGAGGAGGGUUGGAGCUUCCUGGUCUUCAGGCUGAAGGAGUCCUGCUCCUCUCCGCCUCCUCUUCACUUCCACCAGGGCGGCAGCAGAGAGUUCCUGGACAGCCUGAGGAGGUUUGCUCUGCUCAGCGAGUCUCCAGGAGAUGACCGGUGUCUGUUGGUCAGCGCUCCAAACAGAACUCUGUCUCAGUCCUUUGAGAACCUUCUGGAUGAAAACAACUUCGGCCUCGUUCAGCAGAAGUUCAGGAAGGACCCGUACGUCACCACACUGGGCGGAUUCUCCAAAGUCACCAACUACAUCUACGAUGCUUUCCGGGGGACGGAGGAGCAGCACCAGCGUCCUCCGGAGGAGGUGGCCGACCUGUUGGGGGAGGUCAUCCCUGGACUGGAGAUCAACCAGCAGGAGGAGCCCGGCUUCGAGGUCAUCACCAGGAUUGACCUGGGGACGAGGCCUCAGGUGACUCGUACUGGGCCUCUGUCCUCAGAGGACUGGAGCAAACACCAGGACCCAGAGGGCAGGAUGAUCAACGUCUCUCUGCUCAAACAAAUCAUCUUCAAAGGAGGACUCUGUCACGCUGUGAGGAAAGAAGCCUGGAAGUUCCUGUUGGAAUAUGUCCCCUGGGACAGCACGCUGGAGGAGAGGAAAGUCCUGCAGAGAGCCAAGACUGAUGAAUACUUCCGGAUGAAGCUUCAGUGGAAGUCAGUGAGUGAGGAGCAGGAGAGGAGGAACUCCAGACUGAGGGACUACAGGAGUCUGAUUGAGAAAGACGUGAACAGAACGGACCGCUGCAACCGCUUCUACGAAGGCAUGGACAACCCAGGUCUGGUCCUCCUCCACGACAUCCUGAUGACCUACUGCAUGUUUGACUUUGACCUGGGAUACGUCCAGGGGAUGAGCGACCUGCUGUCUCCGAUCCUCUACGUCAUGGAGAACGAGGUGGACGCUUUCUGGUGUUUUGUCUCCUUCAUGGACCAAAUGCACCAGAACUUUGAGGAGCAGAUGCAGGGCAUGAAGACUCAGCUGAUCCAGCUCAGUACUCUGCUCAGACUGCUGGACUUGUCCUUCUGGAACUACCUGGAGUCUCAGGAUUCAGGGUUCCUCUACUUCUGUUUCCGAUGGCUGUUGAUCAGAUUCAAGAGGGAGCUCAGCUUCCACGACGUCCUGAGACUCUGGGAGGUGAUGUGGACCGGUCUGCCUUGUGACAACUUCCACCUGCUGGUCUGCUGUGCCAUCCUGGACUCAGAGAAACAGAAGAUCAUGGAGGAGAACUACGGCUUCAACGAGAUCCUCAAGCACAUUAAUGAGCUGUCCAUGAAGCUGGACAUCGAGGAAGUCCUUCAGAAAGCAGAGGGCAUCUGUGAGCAGAUCAAAGGCUGUAAGGACUUGCCUCGCUCCAUCAGCGUCAUCCUGGGUCUGGGACCAGGUCCAGGUCUGGGUCCAGGUCUGGACUCUGAGGUGUGUGACUGUGGAGCUUCUCCAGCUCUCAGGCCGCCUCAGCGAGCAGACGCCUGCUCCAACGGACUGUUGAGAGGAAGCAGCUCUCACAGAGUGGCCUUCAUAUCGUCCUGAACAGACACUGAGCCGCCGCGUCGCCAUGACGACGAGGAGGAGGAGGAGGAGUGUAAAAAGGAUUUAAGAUUAUUCAGAAUCUUAUUUUUGUAAUUUCUUGUACCAUAUUGUGUCCGUCAUUCCUUCUCUCCACGUUUCCUGAAGCUCCAUCCAGACGCUCACACCGUUACCAUAGUAACCAUAUGACGGGGUGAGUGAGUGAGUGAGUGUGCUCCUCUGUGUCCGUCCACCAGUCUCUCAUAUCCUGUCUUCAUUUUUGGUUGAAUGAAGAGUGAAUUAAUUUAUUCACAUCAGAGGUCGUCUCUGUAGUUAUAGUCUGAUAGAUGUGGACAUUCAGUGGGAGACAGACAGACAGAUGUCUCCUCUUCAUGACGCAGUGAAACACAUGUUGAUAGAGACUUCCAUCCUGGUCUCUGAUGUCCAUCCAGAGGAACGUCCAUUAGGCCCUCAGAACCCAGAGACGGACUUCUUAAAGUACCAGGAUGUGAUUUACAGGGACAGUAGUGAUGUUUAGCGAUCAACACACGAACAGAAUCUGUUGUGUUCACUCUGUUUUCACCUUUCUGACAGAAAGCAGUUUGUUCUCUUCAGUCACACCAGACUUCAUUCACAAAACCCCUCGUUUAACAGCAGAACUCUGAGUCUGAACGUCUCUACUGUCCCUUUAAAUGACGGGUGGAGCAGGAGGUGGAGGAGCAGGAGGAGGUCUGAGUGGAGCUUCAGCCAGAACGUGGUGUCUCUUUUCUCCUCAAAGACCAACAUGGACAAACUCUUGACCUUUAACCUCCUUCAGUAUUAAUCAUCUCACGUGGAAUGAAGAAGACGUUCCUGUGAGAAGCCGAUUCUCCUCUAAAGUCAUCAACACGUUGAUUAGUGUUUUUGUACGCGCAUCUUAUUCCCUCUGAGGAAAUAAACCUGUUUGACAUGUAAACAUAUAUAUUUAUAUUGAUAUAUGAAUAUGUUCCAGAUGUCAUCCUGAGGGAGCAGAGAGAGAAGUGUUGGUCUCAGUGUCACCGCGUUAGACUCACAGCUGGCGGAGCUACAAUCAUCCGCAGGUUGUCCUGACGCCAUGGUCACCCUGGUUACCCUGGUUACCGUGGUCACCCUGGUUACCGUGGUCACCCUUGUGUGGUUAGUUCUGCAGUAAGCAGUGGUUCAUCUGUGCAGCUGGAGUCACUUUACAUCUCAGGACAGUCAGAGUGGAAUACACUGAGUUUCCUGUGAUGUCUUCACAAUAAAAGCCAAGAGUUUUAAUGUGAAGGAGCAGAAAAGGAAAUGAAGAAUCAGCACGUAAAUAUGAAUCUAUAAAUCUACUCGUUAAGAAAUCAAGAUGAUCUCCACAAAUAUGAAAAUGUUCCUUCAAAAGCAACCAAUCAAAUCUCUGAUGUUUCUGUUACAGUUCAUUCCAUAUUUUAUUAUCCAUGAAAAUCCAUCUGGUUAUUAAUAAAGUUAUCUUUAAAAUGACUAUCUGGUUAUUAAUAAAGUUAUCUUCAAAAUGACUAUCCAUCUGGUUAUCAAUAAAGUUAUCUUUAAAAUGA